UCCCAUCAAUCACCUACUGGUUGCAAUGUGUUUGUCAUAUUCUUAGCCUUCAAACAAUGACUAAUGAUAAAUUUUAUGGUGCCUCGCCAGAAACUGUUUUCCGGCAAACCACAUUGUCGGAAUCAGGUGCAAUGGAAGAUUUUAAUCUCAAUGCGAAACAGCAAAAGUGCUCUCGUCUUAAUGGUAGUCAGCAAUUGAAGCUACUGUGCAGGACAUUAAUGCAUGACAUCUCUAGCACUAACGCCAAUGUUGCCGUAACCAACUACAAAUGCUACAAAAAGAAACGAAAUCAGAAUAUUGGAGUAACGAAUGAUGAUGAUGAAGAAACCAGAAAUGGAGAAGAAUACAGAGAGAAAAAGGAGGUUGUAAUGUCUCAGUUAUUCACCAUGAGUACGACAACUUCUCAUCAUCAUCAGCAACAUUCAGAAAACAGUGUCGUUUUGACCAAAACAUCCAGUAAUGUCGAUGAUGUGAGCAAGGAAACAAAGGAUUUACGAUCCAUUACAAGAUAUUCACAUGGAUCUAUCUCUUUGAUCAGUGGAAGAAGAGAAAUGGAGGAUGCUCUGUUAGUGAAGCUGGAUUUAUUGACGAAUUAUGAUUUUUUCGGUGUUUAUGAUGGACAUGGAGGGUCAUGUGUAGCUCAUGCCUGUCGUGACUCUUUGCACAAGUUACUGACAGAAGUAAUUCUUGAAGAAGAUAGGAAAUUAGAAGAAAUAAAUUGGGUGAAAGUGAUGACGACGAGUUUUUAUAAGAUGGAUGAAGAGGUGAACAUGAUUAAUGGGGCGGAAGUGGCGACAAUUGGAUCAACAACAAUCGUGGCAGUUGUGGGGAAGGAAGAGGUAAUAGUUGCCAAUUGUGGGGAUUCUAGAGUUGUGCUUUCACGAAAUGGAGUUGCAUUAGCCUUGUCUAAUGAUCAUAAGCCGGACAGACCUGAUGAACUGGAGAAAAUUGAGAAGUCAGGCGGGAAGGUCAUCAAUUGGAAUGGACAUCGAGUGUUAGGAGUACUGGCUACUUCAAGAUCCAUAGGGGAUAACUACCUAAAACCGUAUGUAAUACCAGAGCCAGAAGUCACAGUGAGCAAAAAAAGUGAUGGAGAUGAGUUCUUAAUACUUGCCAGUGAUGGUCUGUGGGAUGUUAUUCCCAAUGACGUUGCUUGUGAUUUUACAAAAAGAUGCUUAAAUGGUUAGAUUAGAAGGUGCAAAAAUGGAAGUGAGCAUUCUCAAAAUAAGGUCAUGAAAGAAAAUGUUGCAGCAAAGGCAACAUCCUUACUUGAAAAAUUAGCGAUUUCACGGGGCAGUACAGAUAACAUAAGCAUAAUUAUAGUUGAGUUGAAGAAAUCUUUAGGCACCAGAGAUGGAAAUAGUAUUUAUAGUUCACUACUUUGACAGUUCAUUUUUUUUUUCUCUUUAUAAGUUUCUUGCUUUGUGUCCAUUAUGGAUUGUUUGUACUUUGUAUAAUAUUGUACCUGGACUUGAAGUCCUAAAGUCUAUCAAUUUCAUGUCGUACUUACCCUUGAA